AUGGACACUUCUCACGCUGCAAAGUCCCGUGUGCUGAUUCUUCUUGUGGUCCUACUGUGUGCAGAAAGAGCUCAGGGACUGCGGUGCUACCAGUGCUUUCGGGUCCCACUUGAGACUUCCUGCCCAUCAAUUACCUAUCUCUACCCUGAUGUAGUCUGCGUUGCUAAGGAGGAAGAAUUUAUUGUGGACUCUCAUAGAAGGAAAGUAAAGAGCCUUCAGUGCAAUCCUUUCUGCCCUGCUGAUAUUGAAAAGGAGUUGGCCCUGGAUCCUAACACCAAGAUGAAUAUUUACUGUUGCAUGGAAGACCUCUGUAAUGCAGCCGUUCCCACUGGAGGCAGCUCCUGGACCAUGGCAGGGGUGCUUCUGUGCAGCAUGGGCUCAGUCCUCCUGCAGACCCUGAUGUGA